CUUCUCCAGUCAAAUUGUUUGCAUUGAAACUACACUAGCCUUGGUAACCGUACCCUAAUUCAUUACUCAAGCAAAUUGAUACUUGGGAUAUCCAUUUCGUUCAUCUCAGACUUUUUUUGCAAUAUUUAUCCCUUUGAAAAAUGCCUAUCUUUGGAGAAAAACCAGUGACCUCGAUAACGAUUAAAAUCAAUCAGUUGUCCACCCCCAAUCGUAAUGAAGAGAUUGAUGAGACUCUCGAGCUUUAUCUUUCUGAUCUACUUCAAUUGAUUCAAAUUCAGCCUUCAACUGGUGCAGUUGAAGCUGCUAGAGCUAUUAGAAAGAAUAUCAAGUAUGGGGAUAGUGUUCACCAACAGGUGAGAGCACUUAAUAUUUUAGAGCUAUUAGUCUUAAACUCAGGACCGAAGAUAGGUACUACUGUGGCCCGAGACGAUAAGCUUCUUGAUGUGCUAAAAGGGAUCAUAGAUGGCUCUGGACGUACUGGGAUUGGUCUGUCUUAUGAUCGUAAGGUGCAAUCUAAAGUAAGGGCCAUGGCUGCUGGUUGGAAGCAUGAACUUGAUGGAAUGGAUGGGUAUAAGUAUAUGUCUUCAUUAUGGAAGUUCAUUCCUCAUGCUAAAUCAAAACUGACCCAUUCUAGAACCCCCAGUGCAAAUGUAUUUGAAUCUGAUAAAGAUCAAAAAGCUUCUUCGAGACGGUCAGCCCCUCAUACUCCUGAGCUCGAUAAAAGAACUCCUCCUCCUCGUCCUAAAACAGCAUCUCCAUAUUCCAAGAAUGAUUUUGCCGAUGGUCGUGCUGCUUCUGAUAAAAAGGAUAAGAGAAAGAAGAGAAGAAGAAGAAAUACUGGUAAAAAUGGGGUUAUUUAUGCUGAUGAACAGUUCAAAAUUCCUCAAAUCAAUUAUAAGGCUGAAGCUCCUAAAAUAAGAACAGUUAUUGCUGAUUGUGUUACUCAUACCACUGCUUUAAAUAAUCUUUUAAUUGCGUUACCUAAAGAUGUUUCUCCUUUGGAUGACAAAAAGACUUCAAACGAAUUUGACAAAUGUCGCUCGAUUAGACGUAAAGUAUUGAGAUAUCUUCAGUACGUUGGGGCUGGAGAUCCUGAAGCUAAAUCAAAAGAGGUAUUAGCCAUGGAUGAAGAAUUCUUGGGUAGUUUAAUUGGUGCCAACGAACAAUUGGUUACUGCUUUCAGAAAAUUCGAUCAAGCAUGUGGGUAUAACGAUUCAAAUCCUGCUCCUAAUUAUGACGAGGAAGAUGAAAACUACGAUAGUGAAGGUUACGAAAGUUAUUAUACUGAUGAAAGUUCAGAUCAAGAGACGGUUGAUGAUGAAAGUAUUGACACAAGGUUGGGUGGGUUAAACAUCCAAGAAGGCUCAAGUAGCUCACUUGCUGCCAAAAAGUCUCCACCACCUCCUAGACCCGCCAAAAAUACUAAUUUUAAUGAACUUUCAGAACCCCAGAAACCAAAUUUCAAAAGAACCAAUACUAAUAAUACGGUCGAAAGUGAUCCAUUUGGUGACUCUCAUGCUGCGCUUUAAUUUAUUGUCAUAUCCUUUUUUUUUUUUUGUUUUACUCUUUUGCAU